AUGCAGUUCAUGCGUAUAGUGCAUAAUGCACUGCGAUCGAGCAGCCUUGUGCGAGCCGGGCCUUCCAUCCAUGGAGACUACAACUUGUGCGAUUUAGUGCUUAGCAUAGCGGACUGCGCCACUGAUGCUAGGCGUGAUCGUGUUCCUGAAACCUUGAAAUCAAAGGUUCAGAUCAUGGGCGGGAGAAAAGUCCUCAGAACUUUUUGCUGUUCUUCAUCAACACCGCUCACCCAUGCUGACGUGCGUCUCUUUCUUGCUGACAGCUUUCAGUAUGGAGUAGUAUAUGAAGACCUGAAGUUCAACAUGGCAAUAUCAGAGCGCCAUGAGUUGAACCCCUCAAACCAUUUGCCAGGACCAACAUCCAGACUAGUGAGCAUUAAGGCCCAGUCUAAUACGGCCGAGCUGUUCAGCCUCGACACGGCUCAUGAAAUAUCGCUACAUGUACCAGAGGGGAGCUUUGGUGCAAUCGCCUAUAUCUCUCUUUCACGGAACAAAGUCGGAGAUACAUCGGAUAUAUUCGCCAUGUCCGACUCAUCUGAAUCCAUCUCCCUGCAAGUAACAGUCCACCUCAAACCCGAGGACCUGCCGAAAUUCUGGGAGGCUUUCGAACCUACCUACAAGGCUGUCACCGCCGAGCCUGAAUGUACUUUCUUCGAACUAUAUCAGGCGCCGGAUUCCCCGGGGACUAUCUCUUGGGUGGAGAAUUGGUCCGCGUCAAAGGAAUGGCUUAUGGGAGUCCAAUUGGUGAAGCCGUAUUAUCGUGAUUACUUCGCUGCAACGGAGCCAUUGUUCAUCAAGCCUAGAGAGGCUAAGUUGUUGAAGAGAGUGGGGGCACCAUUCACGAUGGUGAAGAAGACGAAUGGAGGGUUGGUGAUUGAUUUUGAGGUUCAAGCUAGAUAA